GUUCUGUUCAUUCCCAGGGCGCAUUCUCUCCCCAGAGAUGCCAGACUAUUUCCACAGCACCUUUCUCUACCGCCUCUUGCCCUUCCUAACUUUUUCAUAUCUACAGAUUCUACAAAGACAAUCAGCAAGUCCCCUCAGACAAUAAUUUGCUCUCCACCUUUACAUACAUGUUGCUACCAUCAGUUUUUUCCUUAACUUUUUUCAUACUAUUUUUACAAUUUGGCUCUGAAAGUGUGCUCUCUGCAAACCCCACCCAGCACCCAGAAUCAAAGCAGUGAUGGCAGUUCUCAGUGUAUUCUUUACAUUAGGUCAAGUUAGGAAAAGCUUUGCCCAUCAUCCCACCCACACAUAAACAUCUAUUUUUCUGUAAGUUACAUAAGAGUUGUCACCAUCAUCACCUACCAAUUACAUUGUCCCCCUCUUUAACCAAAAGUUCUAACAUGACACCCAAUACUGAAGGCAUCUGCUCUUCUUCAGGUUCUUAAACACUAAGAUGCUUCCUUGAGCCCCUUGCAAAGCACUGUUUGACUAUCUGUUGGGAGAUGCCUGACUCUGGAGUCCUCCAUCAGGACCCUCUAUUAAGGCGCGUCCUGGACACCAGGAGUGUGGCGCUGGCCUCUCCUUCCUCCUGCUGGGCCCCAUCUGCUGUGCAUCAGCCCUUCUGACAAGUUGGCCCAUUUGCCUGCGGGAAAGUGGGAGGCAGAGUGGGGGUCCCCAAGUCUCACUAGACCUCAGUUCUCUGCUUUGGGGCCACUCUGUCUUAUGGGAGUUGGUGUAGCGCAGGGCGCGAAUGGACGCCCGCGGGAGCUGGACCUAGUCUACGCGAUUUUCCGUAGCGGCCCCAGGUCUGGCCCGGGGUGCUAGUCCCAUCGCAGCCGCCCACCCGGCACAAAGCACACAGGACGGGGGGCGGGAGAGCUGUGACAGGGCGCACAAAGCAAUUCUGGUCGCCUGGAGCACUGUUCCAGCUCAGUGCAAUCUGUUCCCGCCAGGAAAUCACGGGUCCCCUGGCUCCUCCCACACCCGCUCAGUCCUGACUCAGCUUCUGGGGUGACUACAAUGGACCCAGAAGGGCGGGGAAACUAUGGAGGGACAGGAUUGCGAGAGUCUGUCACUGAAGGUCGAAGCUGGCUGUGGACCAAGUUGCGAAAUUCGCAGUGAGACGCAGCAGGACCCUAGUGAUAGCGAGGGCUGCUGCGCGGGGCCGGUCCUGGACUUUUAGAAACUCCCCAGUCCUCCCUGGACUUCUGGAAACUCCCCAGUCGGCCCGCCCUUUCUGGCAUGCCUUUUGGCGGCAGCAACCUGGCCUUCUAUUGGCCACAAGCUGUGUCCGGUGCGAAGCGCGGGCUUUCUAACUUCCUGCGGGGUGGCAGUUCACGGGAGAGCCAGCUGAGCGCCAUCUGCAAAGCUCCUCUCCCACUGCAGCGGCCACUGGCACGGUUGGGGCAGAUCCUCCGCUUCUUGUUUCAGCUGAACUGCCUAUUCAUCUUCAAGCCAUCAUGAGCUCUAAGAAACGCAGGUCACAGAAAGUCUCAUUCAAUGCAAGGAAUAAUAUGAAAAUUGAGGACUAUUUUCCUCAGGUCCAUAAAGAACAAGAGAAUAAUCCCAGUAUUCCUCAAAUGAAGACGGGCUCCAGAAAAGGCCCAAGUGAUAUAACUAAUACUCAGGCUCAAGGACCCAAAGACCAGGCUAUAUCCCGAGAUAAAGUACUUUACAUUACCUUGGGAGUACACCACAGGAAAAACAAAAAAAGGAAACACAGGCUCACGCAUAGUGAGAGGGCUAGCUUAUCCGUGGCACUUGACACUCUUCAGGCUGUCAAAGAAGAGAGAGAACGACAGCAAGGCAAAGAAAUGCUGGUUAAGGGCAUAGAAGGAAUUGAAGGCUACAUAAACCUUGGAAUGCCCCUCAGUUGUUUUCCUGAAAACUGCCACCUGGAAAUUACAUUUGCCCAGAGUAAACGUAAGCAGAAAGAAGGGAACCAGAUAUUUGGCCGGUAUGACAAGGCAUCUGUUGACUGUGUCAAAUUUUUUAUCCAUGCAAUUGGGAAGAAGAGAAAAACGAUUGUCAAAUGCGGGGAACUUCACAAAGAAGGGUGCAAACUCUGCGUCUAUGCUUUCAAAGGAGAAACCGUCAAGGAUGCUGUGUGCAAGGACAGCAGAUUUCUCCCCUUUCUGGAGACUGCUGAUUGGAGACUCAUUGAAAACCUGGACUCCAUUGUAGAAAGCACACAGCGAGUUGAUGACUUAGAGGGCAAGCUCUUUCAGGUUGAGGUUGAGAAAAAGGGGGGCUCUAAGGUAGCAGCCACUCAGAAUUGUGAUUCGGCAACCACUCAGAAUUUUGAUUCGGCAGACUUUCAGAAUUUGGAGUUGGAGGAAAGAAACACCUGUCUGUUAAAAGAAGAAAUUGUGGCCCAGUGCCCUAGUUUGAAAAGAGAAACUGAAAAAAUUAGAGAAAGCUUCAAAAGGGAAUUGAAAAUAAGAACGGGGAAAGAAAUAUUUGAGGCUCAUAAAACGAACUUUGGGAAACAGGCAAAAAACUCUAUCCCGGUUAAAACACUCAAAAUUCUUUCUCGUCAUAGUGCUUCAGUUGGGCACAUAGAAUGGGACAACAAUGGGAAUACGGGUUGUGCCACCUGCUUUGUUUUUACAGAGUUGUACAUUUUUACUUGUCAGCAUGUAAUAAGUGACAUUGUGGGAAAUGGAAUAGAGCCAAGUAAGUGGGCAGGCAUAAUUGGUCAAUGUGUAAAGGUGACAUUUGGUUACGAAGAUAGACAAGAAAAAAAUGAGUAUUUUUCCGUUGAACCUUGGUUUGAGAUAUCUGAUGUACAUCUUGAUUAUGCUGUUCUGAAACUGAAGGACGAUGGACAACAAGUACCUGUCGGACUAUAUAACGGAAUUGGUCCUGCUCCAUCUAGUGGGUUGAUAUAUAUUAUUGGCUAUCCAGGAUGGGAGGUAAAGUCUACUGAUGGUUGUGUUGUAAUCCCUCAGGGUCUGCGAGUACAGAAAUUUUGGGAACAUCUUCAGGCUGGGGGUAAUGAUGACAACAUAGAGUAUGUCUAUAUGUACACUCAAAGAAGUUUCCAGGAAAUUGGUCCCAGACCUGAUGUGGUUACCUAUGACACCAGUUUUUACUUUGGGUCUUCUGGCUCACCAGUGUUUGAUUCAAAUGGUUCAUUGGUGGCCAUGCAUACUGCUGGCUUUCGUAAUCUCUACACGCGUGAAUAUUCCAGUAUCAUUGAGUUUGGCUCCAUUAUGGAAUCCAUCCUCCAUAAUAUUAAACAAAAUUAUGGAACAUGGUAUGAAAAAUUAUGCGUAACUCAGCAGGAAGUAGAAAUGGGGUGUGUUGAGGAGGGAGAACAGUGAGAAUUCAGACGG